UUAACUACAUCUUAUUUGUUUAUAUUUUCAUAAAGAGUAUGGAUUUCUUUUCAUAAUAUUUUACUACAGUCUAUACGAUUAAUCGUACCUGAAACUUCAAAUAAUUGCCUUUUUUUCAGCAUUAUGUCAUCGUUUAAUCUUGUGAGAUGUUUAACAGAAGCUUGUUGGAAUUAUAAUCUUUUUAGAAAACCUACAGCAUCUGUUAUAUUUUUGCCUCAUAUUUCUCAGCAAAGAGAAUUUCGUAAACAUAUUAAUCCAAAAUUUAGAAAAGAACGUGCAAAAAAAGUAAUUAAGAUUCAAUUGCCUGAUUUUGAAGAACAAAGACGUGAUGAAAAACUCUCACUGGAAGAAAUGAGAUCCAAAUUGAAAGAGAAGGGCAUAGUUCCUCCUAGAGAAUGGAGUGAAAAACCAAUAUUUGUUAGCUGUACUGCAAAUGUUAUUGACCCUUAUGUGCCUCCUGAGGGAGAUGGAAAAAUGUCUGUAGUUACAGGCCCAGGUGCAAAACAGGUUUAUGAAACCAUUGGUAAAAAAGGAAAAUCAUAUAUGGCUCUGCGGAAAAUCAGAAAUAUUGAUUAUGAAUUUGAUGUUCCAACAGUUGCUCAAAAAGUUCAAGAUAUUUAUAUAGAAGCUCAAAAUGCUUUAGCUGCGAGAGACGAAGACAGAUUGCAUGAUCUAGUUACAGAAAAGGCUUUUCCAGAAAUGAUAGAAAAUACAAAAAAUAAAACCAUUGUAUGGAAAUUUAUUCAACAACUUGAGGCUCCUCGAAUUGUUCAUAUAAGAACAACAGAACUUGUAAACAAGAGCAAUAUAUUUGCCCAAGUUACCUGCAGAUUACAUACACAGCAAAUUCUAGCUAUUUAUGACAGAUUUGGGAGACUUAUGCAUGGCUCCGAAGAUACUGUUAAGGACGUACUGGAGUAUGUAGUCUUAGAAAAACACAUCACUCUACCCCAUGGCAGUUGGAAACUUCAUGCAAAAAUCAUUCCUGAUUGGAUGCCUCCCAAAGAACCAAUUAAAAAAACAUAUUAUCUUCCAGAUGUUGAUAAAGAUUUUCCUGAACCCCCACCUAGCAAAAGCAUUAAAGAGACUGAUAGUAGUAGUGGGGAAUCAAAUGUAACUGCUAUACCAGCAUGAAUAUAGUAUUUUUUGAGUGAAUAUUUUUGUGAGAAGAAAGAAUGUAGUUUACAAUAAAAAUUGUUAUAUUUGUGGGAA